AUGGGGCAUAUAAUCAAAACGGGAGUAUGUCCAAAAGUUACACCUGAACCAAAUUUUGACAUGGGAUUUUUUAGUGGCCAAUGGAACGCUAUCUAUGAAACAUUACAAUUGAAAGAGUGCUUAAGAUAUGAUUUCAUAUAUAACGCAGGAACUUCCAAACAUGAGCUUAAGAUAAAAAAUCCUUUACUAACAUUGACAGGAACAUUGAAAGUUAAGGAUACCAACCUUCCUGCUAACAUGACUUUGAAGUUUCCGAUAAUACCUAAAAGUGUAUUGACAGUCGUCACGACUGAUAACGUGACUUAUGCGGGCAUUUUCGAUUGUUAUGAUUUUAUUUACAAUCUUACGCAAUUUCACCGUCAAUCAGUAACAUUUUUAGCUCGCGCUGUAAGUUUAAGCCAAACUAUUGUUGAUACAAUGAACGCAACUUUCAAUAGCUUUCCUGGUGUAUGUAACGUCGCUGGAAUGCCUCCAGACUCGAUGACGAUGACUACCACGAUAAUUAUAUAUUUUUAA